AUGGAGCCAACCUAUGCUCGAAGUGUUCUUCCGUGCGUUGAUGAACCUGCUCGUAAGGCCAUUUUUAUAAUUAGUGUUAUACACGAUCCUUCGUAUGCUGUAUGGUCCAAUGGAGCAAUUGACCGAACCGAAAUACUCAGUGAUGGACGAGCACUUUCGCAUUUUACCCCGACAUUGAAAAUGUCCACAUUUCUAUUGGCACUCAUUGUGGCACCCAUAUCCGAUUUCGCCUGUCGACCAGAUCGCCUUAUCGGUUCAAACAACACCAUAUCGAGAGUAUGCGGACGUGUCGAUAUUCUACCACAAUUGGCCUAUGCCGAUGAAGUAGCCUACAAAACAUUGGGAUUUUUCAAUACGUACUUUGAUAGUGAUUAUCCAUUGUCAAAAAUUGAACAUUUUGCUGUUCCCGAUUUUGGUGCAGGUGCUAUGGAAAACUAUGGCUUGCUGAUCUACCGUGAAAUAGGCUUGUUUUUCGAUGAGAAAACAGUAUCAGCUUCACGGAAACAAUAUAUCACAACGGUGAUAUCCCAUGAAAUAGCUCAUCAAUGGUUUGGAAAUUUGGUCUCACCAGCUUGGUGGGGUGAACUAUGGUUGAAAGAAGGUUUUGCUAGUUACAUGGAAACACUGGCAGCCGAUUUUGUCGAACCUUUGUGGAUGCAAGAGGAACAAUUUGUUGUCGAAAAGAUCUUUGCAUUUAUGGAACCCGAUUCGUUCCCAACAUCACGACCAAUCAGUAUUGAUUCAACAAAUCCGGCAGAUAUUUUUCAAAUGUUCGAUUCGAUCACUUAUGACAAGGGAGCAACACUCAUCCGUAUGAUGUCGAUGUUUUUAGGCGCUGAAAUAUUUCAACGUGGUGUUCGAACCUAUUUGAAAGCAUUAAGUUUUAGUUCGGCAACGCAGCAAGAUUUGUGGACUUACUUGAGUCAAGCUACAAACAAUACAAUCGACGUUGAACAGAUUAUGGACGGAUGGACAAAGCAAGCAGGCUAUCCGAUUGUUGAAGUCAAUCGAGUUUACAAUACAGUGGGCCAACAGAGAGUCGGAGGUCGUAUGGUGAUCAGUCAACGACCCUUCAGCCUUUUUUCAACGACGACAAAACAAGACAAAUGGUGGAUUCCAUUUAAAUACUUUGAUCAAACAUUUCCUCAGUCACAGUCAUUGACUGGAAGUGAAGUUGUAUGGCUCAAUGAUACAUCAGCAACAUUGAAUAUCACUACUGCAGACUCAGAUUGGGUCUUGGCCAAUCCGAGUUAUCUCGGCAUCUAUCGAACGAAGUACGACCCACAAAAUUUUCGCCUAAUUGUUACUCAACUUCAAACGGAUCACACACGCAUUCCGACCAUUACUCGAGGUGCUUUGAUCGAUGAUACCUUUGCUCUGUCACGCACAGGUCUUAUCAAUGCAACGGAUGCCUACGAACUGAUUCGAUAUUUAAAGAGCGAAACUGAUUUUGUUCCGUGGAUAGCGACACUUUCAGCGAUGAAUCAACAAGAAGAACUACUUGCCGAUCGCGAUAUUCUUAUUGAUGUACAACGUUACUUUCUCGAACUUGUUCUUCCUAUUUACAACACGAUCGGAUGGGUGACGAACGACCAAUCGACCGAAUGGCUUCGAACUCUGUUACAACCGAGCAUUGUAUCGGCUGCUUGUCACUACGGUCAUCCAGAAUGCAUUGAAGCAGCACGCAGUGCCUAUCGUCGUUGGAAUUUGAAUCCUACUCUCAAUCAAAUUCCGGCUAAUCUACGUUCGAUCGUCUAUUGUACAGUUGUUCGCGAAGGUUCACGAUCUGAAUUUAAUUUUUUAUGGGCUCGUCUUCAAAUAGAAUCGAUCGCCAGUGAAACAUGGAAUCUACUCGAAGGUCUCGCCUGCACAAAAGAUCCAUCGCUGAUUGUUUGGUUUCUCGAUCAACAUUUGACGAAUGGAUCCAUCAUUCGUAAUCAAGAUUCACUAUUGUCAAUUGAAAACGUUGCUCGUUCGCCGGCAGCAAAUCGAAUUGCCUGGAAUUGGAUUCGUGACUAUUGGUCAAUACUUUUUGAAAAAUGGGGAAAAUCAGAUAACACUUUAGGUGGAAUUAUCGAAGCUGUAUCAAGUCGAUUUGUUACCGUUCGACAACGAGAUGAAUUCAAAACAUUUGCUGAUUCGAUUAUUGAUAAAGGUGCUGCAUCUCGGCAGUUUCAAUUGUCCAUUGAUAGAAUCAACGCAAACAUAGAAUGGAACACAGCAAAUCUCGGUUCAAUCACCGCAUUCUUUCGUUCGAACAACGAAUCAUCCAUUCCUAGCCAUCGUUUACCUUUGGAUGUCGCUCCAAUCCACUACGAUCUCUAUGUCAAACCCUAUUUGAAUAUUACAAAUGAAAAUCUUCGCUUUUCCAUAUUUGAUGGACGAGUUUGUAUUCAUCUCAAUGUGACUCGCACUACUGAUCGCAUCGUUUUACACAAACGCUUCAUUAUGGUGCGAGAACCUAUCGAGAUAACGGGUGGUGUGUCAGUCAUAUUAACAACAUUCAAUCAAGAUCUGGACUUUUUCACCAUCAUACUCAAUCGAUCACUUCAAGUGAACGAACAACCAAUUCUAACAUUGAAUUAUGUGGGCGAACUAAAAAAUGAUACUGAUGGUUUUUAUAUCAGUUCUUAUGUACGAUCGUCGGAUAAAGUCCGACGAUAUUUAGUUGCUUCACAAAUGGAACCAAUUGCAGCACGACGAGCUUUGCCAUGUUUUGACGAACCUACUUUCAAAGCAACUUUUACAAUAACAGUCGAACAUGAGCAGCAGUAUCGAGCAUGGAGCAAUAUGCCUAUUGAGAGUAGUGAGACUCAAUCGAAUGGUUGGCUAUUGACUCAAUUUCAAAAAACCAUACCAAUGAGCUCGUAUUUAUUGGCAUUAGUCGUCGCUGAUUUCGAUUGUUUGACACGAAGUAACACGGGACGUUUCCAAAAUAUUACAACAAGUGUAUGUGCUCAAUCAGAGAAAAAAGAUGAUUUGAAUUAUGCACUUGAAAUAGCAACGCAGAGUAUUCGUGAUUUUGAAGAACAAUAUCAAAUUAAUUAUCCACUCCCUAAAUGUGAUCAUAUUGCUGUACCUGAUUUUGAUGCCGGUGCUAUGGAAAAUUUCGGAUGUAUCCUUUAUCGUGAAACACUACUUUUCUAUAACAAUCGUACAUCGUCAUCGUCCAACAAGCAAAGUGUGGCAUUGGUUAUUGCUCAUGAGCUCGCUCAUCAAUGGUUUGGUAAUCUCGUUUCACCUGCUUGGUGGGAUGAUUUAUGGCUUAAUGAAGGUUUUGCAGAAUGGAUGCAAUUCGUCGGCACAAAUAAAGUUCAUCCAACAUGGGAUUUAUAUCAACAAUUUAUUGCUCAACAAUGGCUUGCCGUCAUGCAAGAUGAUGCUGUAUCCUUUUCACAUCCGGUGAACAUGAAACUUACACAGAACGAUCAACUGACAAAUAUUUUCGAUACCAUUACCUAUUCGAAAGGUUCUUCAUUACUUCGAAUGAUGGGAAAUAUUAUGUCCGAGGAGACUUUUAACAAAGGUGUUACACGAUACCUUGAACGUCAUUUGUAUUCUACUGCAACACAGAUCGAUCUCUGGCGAGCAUUGGGCAAACAAAUGUCCGACGAUAAUAUACAACUACCAAGUAGUCGAGCUGAAUUUCAAUUUCUUCUUCGUCAAUACCAAGAAUCUAACGAUCCACAAGAAAAAGCCAGUAUACAAUCGGCAUUGGCAUGUACACGUGACACAGAACUCAUUCGAUAUUUACUCGAGAUUCAUGUCAAUUCUCAAUUGAAUAUUAUUCGACGACAAGAUGCUCUCACCGGCAUACGAGCAAUCUGUCGAAAUUUCAUUGCUGAAACGGAAUGUUGGACAUUUGUACGUUCUCGAUGGCGGCAAUUGUUUAAAGAGUUUGGUGGAUCAUUCAGUUUUGUUGAUCUUAUUAAAGAUGUUACAGCACGAUUCAGUACCGAACAACAAUUGGACGAAUUUGAACGACUCUUCGAACAGACAAUAGAUGCAAAUGCUGUCGAAUUUCAAGCGAUAAUCGAACGUAUUCGUGCCAAUAUUCAAUGGAUUGAAAAGGCAAAGCCCAAUUUAGCUGAAUGGUUCAUGAAUCGAACAGUGGCAAUUCGUCUUCCAUUCGAUUGGAUUCCAUCUCAAUAUGAACUUAAUUUUGACGUACGUCUUCGUACAACUUAUCCAAACAAUGCUGAACCGGACACACUUUUUAUGGGUCAUACACGUAUUAUUGUCCGUUGUAAUCGAUCGACCAAUGAAUUUCGAAUUCAUAUAAAACAAUUACAAAUGUCUUCGGUAACAUUGAAACAUGGCGAUACAUCGAACAAUUUAAUCAUCGAUUGGACAUGGAUAUCACAAUCGGAAAUACUUAUCUGUCGAUUGAGAGAACGAUGUGCAACGAAUGAAGACUAUGUGUUUGAAACAGAAUAUACGACCGAACUGAGUAGAGAUAUGGCUGGAUUCUAUUUAAGUCGAUACAAUAUUUCAAAUACAAGUACAGGCGAUAUCAUUACGCACAAUAUUGCAGCCACUCACAUGCAGCCGACCAUAGCUCGAACAGUAUUUCCAUGUUUUGAUGAACCAGUAUUCAAAGCCAAAUUUAACAUCUCAAUUACUCAUGAUCCCAGUUUUACUGUCGUUCGAUCGAAUGGUGCCAUGCUCGACGGUGGUCGACCCAUACAACAACCCGAUGGUCGUUUUUUGUCUCGUUUCGAAGAAACGCCACCCAUGUCAACAUAUCUUAUUGCAUUUGUCCUGACUGACUUUGAAUGUGUUUCGAGGGUGACAUCGGCGAAUAUUGAAGUCAAUGUCUGUGGACGACCCGAAGCAAUUCUUAAUGGUGGCAUGGAAAAUUGGGGUUUAAUCACGUAUCGUGAGACGGCUCUUCUCUACAAUAAUGUAACUGGCAGUCUGGCUGAUAAACGACGAGUGGGCGAAUUUGUAGCGCACGAGUUAGCUCAUCAAUGGUUCGGCGAUAUUGUCACUCCUCAAUGGUGGAAUGAUCUUUGGUUGAACGAAGGUUUUGCUUCAUGGGUUGAAGUGCUCGGUCUUAAUCAUUCGAAUCCAGAAUUUCAGUCAUUCGAUACAUUUGUCAGUGGGGUCGUUCAUCGAGCUCUGGUCAUGGAUAGUCUCUAUUCGAGUCAUCCAAUUAGUGUCGAAGUCACUCAUCCAGACGAGAUUAAUUCAAUAUUCGAUGCCAUUUCAUGUAAACUCCAUUGA